AUGGAGGUUCUUGCUAACUUCCAUUUGCAAGCUACCUUUGAGAAAAGCCUUGAUGCAACUUUCAUCACUCUCAUUCCAAAGAAAGUAGAUGCUGUCAAUGUGAGAGACUUUAGGCCUACUAGUCUAGUGGGUAGUAUCUAUAAAAUCGUUUCCAAGUUGCUGGCUAAUAGGCUGAGAAGGGUGAUUUCUGGAAUUAUCUCUGAGUCUCAAAAUGCUUUUGUUCUGGAUGGGCAAAUCCUAGAUUCUAUCUUAAUUGCUAAUGAGUGUUUGGAUAGUAGGCUCAAGGCAAGGAUUCCUGGGGGGGCUACGCCAAGGAGAUCCUCUCUCCCCGCUCCUAUUGUUAUUGUUAUGAAGGCUUUAAGCCGUUUGUUGGAUGGUGCGGUUCUAGCUGGUCACAUUUUGGGUUUCACUGUUGGUACAAGGUCUAAUACCCCCCUCAUGGUGACCCGUCUUCUCUUUGCGGAUGACACUUUAAUUUUCUGUGAUGCUUCCGCAAGUCAGGUUGAUUAUUUGAGGGAGAUCUUAGCCUCCUUUGAGGCAGUUUUAGGGUUGCACAUUAACCUGGCUAAGUCAGUAUUAGUUUUAGUUGGAGAGGUGACUAAUAUGAGGGAGCUUGUGGCAUUGCCGGGUUUUAGUCAGUCACAUUUGCCAAUGACUUACUUGGGACUACCUUUAGGCGCUAAAUUCAAGGAUAGGGCGAUUUGGAACUCUAUCCUAGAGAGAAUGGAACGAAGAUUAACGAGUUGGAAGUGA